AAACUUAUCGCCAAGUUCAACUUCCAUAAUUAUGACUGCCUCCUGCAUACGACAUCAAAUAAGAUCGACCCGAGGCGACGAGAUUUCCUUGAACGCGACGCUGUAAUGCCGGCAAUGUAUGUGGCACGAUCGAGGGACAUGGUAGCCUUACGCAGAUUAUAUAUGCAAGGCGUAGACCUGUCUACCUGUGACUAUGACCGUCGUACUCCUCUACACGUGGCUGCCAGUGAAGGUGAUCUCAAUAUGGUGAAAUUUCUUGUGAACGUGGCCAAAGUGGAUGUAGACGCUCGAGACAGAUGGAAUCGAUCCGCUCUAGACGAUGCUCGAUUCUUCAAACACACUGCCUGUGUUGACUUUUUGGAACGUGCCGUAGCUCGGCCGGAAGCCCGGCGCAGCCAAUCGAUCUCUUCUGAAGAUUCUGAAUCGGAAGAUCAUCCAUUCGACAUCGCUCAACGACCUCUGUUCAGUCUUGACACCCCGGACCAGCAAUGA